AUGGAAGAGAUGGCAAUGAAGACGGGUUCGAGCGGGCGUGAAGUACGGGUGGCUUCCGAAGAGGAACCAGGUCCCUUGGUUCGACAGCGUCCACUGUGGAGAGUACCGCAACUAGGGCUGCUCGUAUUCGCGAUAGUAUUGCUGUAUUGGAAUGCGUGCCCUCCCGGCCAUACGACGACUUCUGACCGAUCUUUAUACGACACCACACCGGCCACCAUCAACUACGCCAGAUGUGAAUCGAUUGUUUCUUCUGAAGCGCGCACAUUCGGCUUCAACAUAUCCGACAGCGACGGAGCUGAAACCCAUUGGCGUCUAUCCGACUCAUUCAAUUCCACCGGUCGUCUCUCUGGUAUAAUUCACGUCCAGAGAGGCGACGUCGACCAGACCUCCGACAUUGAAGUCAGACUCGAAAUAAACUCCAGCUCAACGACAGACUACCAGAACGUCAUCUACAACCAAUCUGCAACGAGCCUCAGUUUAGACUACCUUCCCUCCGACCAUGACGGAGACGUUUGUACAGAGAUCAAAGUGAUGAUAUACUUCCGUCCAGAAUCACCUGUGCGUCUAUUGGAUGUGCUCGAGAUCAGGUCCGAGACAUUCGAUCUAUGGGUUCACGACUGGGCCUGGCAGAUCAACAACCUCAUCACACAUACUUCGCACGGCGAGUACACAUACGAAGGCGGCAAAGGCCCGGACCCGUUGCAUCCACACAACAUCGAUUCCAGCUCAACAACGGGAGUCAUAUGGGGAUGGUACGGCUGCGAAGUCAGCGGAGCGAUCAACGUCGCUGCGCUCUGGGAAUACUGGCCACAGCAGCCAUUUACACACUACACGAACAUCCACUCGGCUUACGGCAAUAUAGUCGCGGAGAUACCGCAUGGCUCGUUCACCAGUAUCGUGAGUAUCAGCGGUAACGUAAACGCGUAUCUACGACCAUUCGCUGCCGUGAGUCCGAAUGAUGAAAGCACGAUUUCCACGACGACACUGCAUGGCAACACAAUAUUCCAUCUGGACAAUGCCAAUCGAGAGCUCUUGGACGAGCUCUACGAUCCUCUUCUCAGCACGAAGAGUUCGCACUGGGUCAGCUCUGGUGAUUUGUACCUGCGGUACCCGUUCAGUUGGUUUGGAAUGAUGGAUGCGACUGGCGACAAAGGCUCGAUCAAGUUUGGGGGAAGUGCGCUAGAUGAGGUAGAGGAAGGUGAUGGGUUCGUUAAGGCUGUCAGAGGGAGAGGCGCGGGAAGUCGCAUGGAAGCGGUUCAUAUUAAGGGGAUGAUGGAUAUCACACUGGGUAUUUGGGAUACGGAUGAUUGA